GCUCUUUCUUUGCUUAAUUUCUGUUCUUUUCCGCCUCCAAAACACUCUACUACAACUACUCUGAUUCCACUUUCCUCUCCGGCGACGCCAGAAUCAUCGGAGCAACCGUCCUCCGCCGCCUGCUACUAAAGGUCAUAUAGUUUGCUCUCAACUGAUGUUACAAAAUGGGUUCGCUAUAGAUUUAUAGGUUUGAUUUUAUUAUUUAUUAUAGAUUAAAGGAACAGUCUUUUUGUCUGAAAUGAGCUUGAUUUUAAGAUUGAGGCAUCAUUUAACAACUGGGGUUUCGAAAAACCUCGUAUUUUCCCCAUUAGUGUAUUUGAAUGGGGGGUUAUCGUCUCGGGGAUAUGCGGAAGCUGCUAAGAAAAUUGAGGAGGAGGAGGAAGAGGAGGUAGAAAUUGAUCAAAGGAGACUCCCGGCCGAUUACGAUCCCGCUACUUUUGAUCCUACUGAGCAUCGUAGUCCUCCAACGGAACGUGUUUUCAAGCUUGUUGAUGAAAUUGCAGGAUUAACGUUGGCUGAAGUUGCCGAAUUGAGCUCUAUUAUAAUGAAGAAGAGAGGAAUGACGGAACUGCCUACUGUUGGCGUUUUGAAAGGUGGUGCUGGCGGACUGGCGGGAAUGGGAAUGAAGGCACCAGCUGCAGCUGCGAAGGAAGAGAAGAAACCUGAGAAAACUGUUUUCGAUUUGAAAUUGGAAUCGUAUGAAGCAACUUCGAAGAUUAAGAUAAUCAAGGAGGUUAGAAGUUUUACUGAUUUGGGUCUUAAGGAAGCCAAGGAUUUAGUUGAGAAGACACCGGCAGUCAUAAAGGGUGGAGUAUCAAAGGAAGAAGCUGAGCAAAUUAUUGAGAAGAUGAAAGCCGUUGGAGCCAAAGUUGUAAUGGAAUGAGUAGAAGUCAUUUUGACUCGCAUCUGGUAAAAUUUUGAAAUGUUCUGAAUCUCUUUAUUGUUUGUAGGCUCUUCAAUUUCUCCAACAUUUAUCCAAGUUUCAGUUAAGGAUUAUACCUGCCUUUAUACUCUUAUUGUGACUAUCUCUAGGCUUAUGAAGUGGAUACCUUUAUUAUAGGCUGUUUUAAUAUGCUUCAAAUGUUAGAAACUUAAUAAGAAUGGAUAAGCUCUCUGCCACUUUUAA